AUGGACUCUACGCCGAAGUGGAGUAACCUGCCGACUGCCCCCAGUUUGAAGAACUUGACGGUACCCGGUUUCGGAAUACCCGCGGAGAAACAGCACGCUGCAGUACAGGAUCUGGUUAGAGCUCACAUCGAGUCAUUUGACCAAGCGGUUAGCGAUGGAUUAUGUCGCGCAGUACAGGCAAUUCCUCCCCUGGAGUUCAUGUUCAAAAAUGAGCGGAUUAGCUUGGCGUUCGUUGAAGCCACGAUCCACAAACCUGUGGUCGGCAAAGGGAGUGUUUGCCGGGACAUGACGGUGUACCCCGCAGAAUGCAGGGGGCGCCGCUGCUCUUACAGGGGGAAGCUGGUUGCAGACGUGAGCUGGUCCGUUAACGGGAUUCCCAAAGGCGUCAUCAAGCAGUCUUUGGGUCUGUUGCCCAUCAUGGUGAAGUCUAAGCUGUGCAACCUGCAUGGGCUCUCACCCAAAGAACUCAUCGAGCACCACGAGGAGGCUGAGGAAAUGGGCGGCUAUUUUAUUGUGAAUGGGAUCGAGAAGGUCAUCCGCAUGCUAAUCAUGCCCAGGAGAAACUUCCCCGUCGCCAUGGCAAGACCUAAGUGGAAGAGUAGAGGUCAGGGCUACACACAGUACGGUAUUUCCAUGCACUGCGUGAAAGACGAGCACACCGCCAUUAACAUGAACCUGCACUACCUGGACAACGGCACGGUGAUGCUCAACUUCAUCUACCAGAAGGAACUCUUCUUCAUUCCCCUGGGAUUCGCACUGAAGGCCCUGGUGGACUUCACAGACUUCCAGAUCUACCAGGAGCUGAUCAAGGGGCGUGAGGAGAACUCCUUCUACAAGAGCUGCGUGUCGGAGAUGCUCCGCCUCGUCAUGGAGGAGGGCUGCACCACCCGCAGGAAGGUGCUGGACUACCUCGGGGAGCGCUUCCGGGUCAAGAUGAACAUGCCAGAGUGGUUCACCAACGAACAGUGUGCCAAAUUUCUUCUGGAGCAGUGUCUCUGCAUCCACUUGAAGUCAGACGUGGAGAAGUUCUACCUGCUGUGCUUGAUGACCCGGAAGUUGUUCAGCUUCGCCAAGCAGGAGUGCAUGGAGGAGAACCCUGACAGCCUGAUGUGUCAGGAGGUGCUGACGCCUGGUCGGCUCUACCUGAUGUUCCUCAAGGAGAGAAUGACAGCCUGGCUUGUUUCGGUGAAACUCUCCAUGGACAAGCGGGCUCACCGCAUCCAGAAUCCAAUAAACGCUGAAGGUCUCACAAAAAUGUUCAACCUGGGGACAGACCUGACCAAGCCUUUUGAGUACCUGCUGGCCACAGGCAACCUGCACUCCAAAACAGGGUUAGGCAUGCUGCAGGAUUCGGGCCUGUGCGUCGUGGCGGACAAGCUGAACUUCGUCCGCUACCUGUCCCACUUCCGGUGCAUCCACAGGGGCGCCGCCUUCGCCAAGAUGCGCACCACGUCCGUGCGGCGGCUGCUGCCCGAGUCCUGGGGCUUCCUGUGCCCCGUGCACACGCCCGACGGCGAGCCCUGCGGACUCAUGAACCACAUGACCGCCCACAGCCAGAUCGUGGCCCCCGCCCAUCCCACCACCACCCUGCCCGCCCUGCUCUGCUCCCUGGGCGUUACUCCCGUAGAUGGGACCCCUAGCCAGCCGUACUCCGACUGCUACCCUGUGGUUCUGGACGGUGCCAUGGUGGGCUGGGUAGAGAGGGACCUUGCGCCUGUGGUUGUGGACUCCCUUCGGAAGUUCAAGGUGCUUAAGGAGAAGAAGAUCCCUCCUUGGACUGAGAUAGUUCUGGUGCCUCAGACAGGAAAGGCCAGCGUCUACCCCGGCCUGCACCUCUUCACCACGCCCUGCCGCCUGGUGAGGCCCGUCCAGAACCUGGCACUGGGACAGGAGGAGCUCAUUGGCACAUUUGAGCAGCUCUUCAUUAAUGUGGGGAUAUUUGAAGGAGAGAUCGAGCCGGGGGUGACCACACACCAGGAGCUCUUCCCCCACAGCAUGCUGAGUGUGGUGGCCAACUUCAUCCCCUAUUCUGACCACAACCAGUCCCCCCGAAACAUGUACCAGUGCCAGAUGGGUAAACAGACCAUGGGCUUCCCACUGCACUCGUACCAGGAUCGCUCCGACAACAAACUGUAUCGCCUGCAGACGCCCCAGAGCCCCCUGGUGCGGCCCUACAUGUACGACCACUACAACAUGGACAACUACCCCAUCGGCACCAACGCGAUCGUGGCAGUCAUCUCCUACACUGGGUACGACAUGGAGGACGCCAUGAUUCUGAACAAGUCAUCAUGGGAGCGGGGCUUUGGUCAUGGCUGUGUGUAUAAGACUGAGCUGGUGGACCUUGCGGAGAAGACAAAAGGGGAGGACUGCCUGGUGUUCGGGGUCAAGCCUGGAGACCCGAAAGUGAUGGAUAAGUUGGACGCCGAUGGGCUGCCCCCCAUCGGUGCAGUGCUCCAGUACGGAGACCCCUUCUACGGCUACAUCAACCUCAACACCGGCCAGAGCUUCGUCACCUUCUACAAGAGCAAGGAAAGCUGUGUGGUGGACAACAUAAAGGUGUGCAGCAACGACGCCGGGACGGGCCGCUUCAAGCGCGUCUGCAUGACGGUGCGCGUGCCGCGCAACCCCACCAUCGGCGACAAGUUCGCCAGCCGGCACGGGCAGAAGGGCAUCCUGAGCCGGCUGUGGCCCGCCGAGGACAUGCCCUUCACCGAGAGCGGCAUGACGCCCGACAUCCUGUUCAACCCGCACGGCUUCCCCUCGCGCAUGACCAUCGGCAUGCUCAUCGAGAGCAUGGCGGGCAAGUCGGGCGCGCUGCACGGCGCCUGCCACGACGCCACGCCCUUCCGCUUCUCCGAGGAGAGCCCGGCGCUGGAGCACUUCGGCGACAUGCUGCGCGCCGCCGGCUACAACCACUACGGCACCGAGCGGCUCUACAGCGGCCUGAGCGGCCGCGAGCUGGAGGCCGACAUCUUCAUCGGCGUGGUCUACUACCAGCGUCUGCGCCACAUGGUCUCCGACAAGUUCCAGGUGAGGACCACGGGGGCGCGGGACAAGGUGACCAACCAGCCGGUCGGGGGGAGGAACAUCCAGGGGGGCAUCCGCUUCGGGGAGAUGGAGCGGGACGCGCUGCUGGCCCACGGUUCGUCCUUCCUGCUGCACGACCGGCUCUUCAAGUGCUCGGACCGCUCGGUGGCCCAGGUGUGCAUGGACUGCGGCAGCCUGCUGUCGCCGCUGCUGGAGAAGCCGCCGCCCUACUGGUCGGCCACGCGCCACAGGAAGACCGUCUGCACGCUCUGCGGCAAGAGCCAGUCCAUCGACGUCGUGUCCGUGCCCUACGUCUUCCGCUAUUUCGUCGCCGAGCUCGCCGCUAUGAACAUCAAAGUCAAACUGGAUAUCAAGUAGCCCCCGUCCACCCCCGCCACUCAGCAGCUUCUGGGUACUGUUGCUCGGUGUCUGUGGGUGUUCCGGAGGUGGGAGGGUGCUCUGCAUAAACCACUCCCCAAUCCCCCUAUCAGUCCAGUGAACACGCAGAACCUUCAUGUGUAAUGAAACUAGCAGGAUUUGUAAUACCCUUAUGAAAUGUUUCAAGCUGGAUACGCAGCAAAAGGGACCCAUGACUUUGAAGAUGGAUUCAGUGUAGGGUUGAUUGCUGCAGAGAAAAUGGUAUUUUCAUUUGUAAUAAAAUAUUUCUGAUGUAUUUUUAA